UUUCCUAUCUGUUUUUCUCAAGAAUGGAGCUCUUGAGGCAACAGAUUGCUACUGCGAGGCAAUCCCUUUUCUCUGAGGAAAUCCUCGACAUGAGCCAAUUCAUGCAAUUGGAGCGACUUGAGGAUAAAGACAGCCCCAACUUUGUGGAACAAACUUUGUCCUUGUAUUUCAGUGAUGCAACCAAGUCCAUCGCUGCCAUAGAACAAGCACUCAUGCCGAGUGAAGUAGUACUCCCGGAUUUCAAAGAGCUGGACAUACAGCUUCAUCGGCUCAAAGGCAGCACUGUCAGCGUUGGUGCUAAUAUGGUGUUGAAAAGAGUCAUUAAAGCAUUGGAAUGUUGCGGGAAGGGUGACAUGGAAGGAUGCAAGGCUGCAGUUCGGAUAUUGAAACAAGACCACAACACCCUGAGGAACAGACUCCAAACUUAUUUUCAGUUGCUACAAAGUCAGGCUAGAUUUGCCGAGACAUGACUUGAACCCCCCAAGAGAUUGGGUCCUAUAAAUAAAAAAGAGGGGUCAAGAUUUUUAAUUAGCGGAGCUUGUUAAUUGGACUUUGGGUUCCUUAUAAUAAAAGCGGUGGAAAGUCAUUUCUUUAGAAACCCUCGUAUGUAUGUUACUUUAAUUUUGGGAGAAUUUGUCACCUUUAAUUAGUAAGUUCCAUGGUUUUGGAAUUAUAGUAAAAUCUUCCUCUUUGUCUUUAA